AUGGCUACCGCAACAUGUCCAGACCCCCACCUCAUAACACAACCCACCCACUUUCCUAUCCCAGAAAACCUCACAUACGUCGUUACGCUAGGCUACAACACGUAUGACACGCCCAUGGCGGCCUGCUGCGACCCAAAUUCACUCCAGCUCGCCGAGGGCUGCUACAAGUGGUGCGAGCUUCCCGCGACCUACGCCGACGAGGACACGGCGCUGUCUAGGUUCAUGGCCUGUCGUCGUCGCUGGGCCAACAAGGAAAAGAUGAGUACCAAUGGGACAUUGAAACAUAAUGAGACGUCUGGAUAUCCUUUCUACUUGCACGUUGCUGAAAGCGGACCCGCGGGGUCGGGCGUUACGACUGUGAGAGUUGGUAUGUUUGUUUUGGUGGCUUCGAUGUUUAUGGGUUUGGUUUGA